ACAAAAUAAAAAGGCAUCUAAAAAAUUUGAAAGAAUUCACCACCCUUUUUGCUCUGUUUAUAUUUUUAAUUUUUCUCCUGCUCUCAGCUGCUGUAAGUAAUUGUUGCGGUGCUGUUUUGGCAAAGAGGGAGAGAGAGAGAGACCCAAAAGAGACUAUGCUCGGGGACUCAGCUCUGUUGGGAGGAGGAGGAGGAGGAGAAGGUGGUGCCUCCGCCGAUGUAGUGGCGGCGACCGCCACGCAUGAUGCGACAACGACGACGACGACCGGAGGAGGCGGUGGCGGAUCAAAUAAUUCGGGGGACGAUGAGAGGGGUAGAAUCGAAGAAGGUGAACGUAGCUUCGGCGGUAACCGGUGGCCGCGACAAGAGACUUUGGCUUUGUUAAGGAUACGCUCCGACAUGGACGUGGCGUUUCGAGAUGCAAGUGUUAAAGGUCCCUUGUGGGAAGAAGUAUCCAGGAAAAUGGCAGAGCUUGGGUAUCACAGAAGCUCCAAGAAGUGCAAAGAAAAAUUCGAGAACGUGUACAAGUACCACAAGAGAACCAAAGAAGGUCGAAGUGGGAAACAAGAUGGAAAAACAUAUCGUUUCUUUGAUCAACUACAAGCCCUUGAGAACCACUCUCCAACACCCCAUUCCCCCAACCCUUCAUCAAAACCACUACAAUCAGCACCAUCAAGAGUAGUAGCAACAACAACUGCAUCAUCAAUGUCACUACCAAUUCCAACACCAACAACAACAGUGCCAAUGCAGCCAAUAUUGUCCAACACUAUACCCACAAGUAGUGUCCCCAAUAUCACUGUUCCAUCAACAACAAUACUCCCUAUAACCAUACCUCAACCCAUUCUCACCACCCCAUCAAUAAACCUCACAAUCCCUUCUUACCCUCCAUCAAACCCUACCAAUUUCCCACCGCCAUCAAACCCUACCCCACCACUCUCUUUCCCCACCGACACCUUCUCCAAUUCCACCUCCUCCUCCUCCACCUCCUCCGACGAAACAUUGGAAAGGAGACGCAAGAGGAAGCGCAAAUGGAAGGAUUUCUUCGAGAGACUGAUGAAGGAAGUGAUCGAGAAGCAAGAGGAGCUACAAAAGAAGUUCUUGGAAGCAAUAGAGAAACGCGAACACGACAGAAUAGCAAGAGAAGAAGCAUGGAGAGUACAAGAGAUGCAAAGAAUCAAUAGAGAAAGAGAAAUCUUAGCACAAGAAAGGUCCAUAGCCGCAGCCAAAGACGCAGCCGUUAUGUCAUUCCUUCAAAAAAUAGCCGAACAACAAAACCUCGGUCAAGCGUUGACCAACAUCAACCUCGUACAACCACAACCACAACUACAACCACAACCACCGGUACAACAACAAGUGACACCACCUAAUAUAGUACCAGCUCCUAUGCAACAACCACUGCCUGUGAUUGUUACACAGCCUGUGGUGUUGCCAGUGGUAUCACAAGUGACCAAUAUGGAGAUAAUGAAAGCCGAUAAUAAUAACAACAAUAACAAUAAUAACAACUGCGAAAAUUUCUUGCCACCGAGUUCUUCUCGGUGGCCGAAAGUGGAGGUUCAGGCAUUGAUAAAGCUUCGAACGAGCAUGGAUGAGAAGUAUCAAGAGAAUGGACCAAAGGGUCCCCUCUGGGAGGAGAUCUCAGCCUCAAUGAAGAAGCUGGGGUACAACCGAAACGCGAAAAGGUGCAAGGAGAAAUGGGAGAACAUCAACAAGUACUUCAAGAAAGUGAAGGAAAGCAACAAGCGGAGACCGGAAGAUUCCAAGACGUGCCCUUAUUUCCACCAGCUGGACGCGCUGUACAGGCAGAAGCACAAAGCCGAAGAGAGCACCGCGGCGGCGAAGGCGGAGAGCGCGGUGGCACCGUUGAUGGUGCAGCCGGAGCAGCAAUGGCCACCUCAGCAGCAGGAUGAUAGGGACAUCACAAUGGAAGACAUGGAGAACGAAGAUGAUGAAUAUGAGGAAGAGAGGGAAGGAGAGGAAGAAGAAGAAGAGGAUGAAGAGGAUGAAGAAGGUGGUGGUGGGAACUAUGAGAUAGUGGCAAACAAAACAAGUGGCGGUGGUGGUGCUGCUGCUUCAGUGGGGGCUUCAACGGAGUAGUGUGGGGUGGGUCAGAGAAAGUGCAGGGGUUGUCGGAGGUGGCCAUUGUGGUGGAGAAAUUUAAGAAACUGAAUAUUCAAGUAGGGUGAAGUUACACAUGGCAAUGGCAUGGGUAAUGGUGGUAUCGACCUGUGGUGGAAAGAUGAGGUUUGCUUUGGUUGGUUGGUACUUUGUUGUAGCAUAUAGUCAGUAAGAUUAUAUGUUUCUUUUUUCUGUUUUAUAAAAAAAGUUGUUUAUUUUUUGGGAGAAUAAAUAAAAGUCCGAUCAGAGAGGGAAUUUAAGAUAGAGACCAAUAAAGAAGAAGAGGGGCCUUAAUUAAGGUUGUAUUUUUUUUUUUUUUUUAUCUUCAUCUUGUUUUUUAUGUUCGUUCCUGGUGCUGUAAAUGGGAGGAGAUUAAUUCGGGUUUUGUCCUUUUCUUAUCUCUCAGUUUUGACAUCUUCUUACCCUUCCAAUGACUGUCAUUGACUUCU